AUGAAGUUGUCCGUUGUUUUAUCUACCUUUAUUGCCUGCGUGGCAGCGAUGCCCGUCGAUGUACGACCUAAUGCGGAUGAAUCGUAUCUUCCGAUGAAGGUUCGAGCGGAUACCAGUGCUGAUGAGUCGUAUUUGCCCAUGAAGAGAGCCGACACCAGCGCGGACGAGUCCUAUCUUCCAAUGAAGCGCGACGGGACGAGCGCCGACGAGUCGUACCUCCCUAUGAAGAGAGGAGACACAAGUGCCGAUGAAUCGUAUCUUCCAAUGCGGAAGUAA